CCCACAAAGUUGUUUUCCCUUUUACUUCCAACUUCGCGAAAAAUUACAGAUCGAUCCCUCCCUCUGCUCACGGCGUCAGCCCGAAGGAACGUCCAAUAAAUGGCAGCAGCGACUUCAUUUCCCCGGAGAUAGCGUUGCAAAGUCCAAACUCCAAACCCAAAAAAGAAAAUAAAAAAAAAAACGACGCGCAAGGCCAAAAUUCCACACACAGAGGAAGCAAAGCCAUGGAGAGAUCGGGCACGGCGAAAUCAUCUCCUUCCGAAUCAGCUCAGCAGCGCAAUUCCUUCUUCGAGUAUGCCCUCUCCAAAUCCACCGGCCACCCGCCGCCUUCCUCCAACCACCACCACCUUCACCGCCAUCCCGACGACAGCAUACUGGAUCUCGACGACGAGCCGGCCCCAUCUUCUCCUUCCGCCUUCGUCUCUGUCAGCAUCCCCAUCCACCGGAUCCCAGACCACCACAUCCGGCACAGCCGGCGGCCGUCAACGGGGCUCUCCCCAAUCGGCUCUCCCAAAUCUAUCUCUGCUUUCUUCUCCGAAUCGGGCUGCCACCUGGACCUUGUGUCGGCGGCGCGUAGGGAACACGAGCUCUGCGGUACGGCGGAGGAGAAGAAGGAGUUCAAGGCGAGGUGGGUGCCGAUGUUGCUGAACCGGCUGAGGGAGCUAACGGAGAUGGAGGGCAAGAGCACGGUAGGGGUGGAGAUCGCCGACACGAUCGAUUUCUUGAAGACGCUGUACGGGUCGGAGUCGGUGUUGAAGGAGAUCGGUGAGAUCAGCGACAAAAGCCGGCAAGGGGUGAUAAGGCUGCAGGAAGGGCUGUUGCUGGUUGACAAGGCCAAAGAGCAGCUUCGAUCUGCUCUCCAGAAGAAGCUUUUCUCCGCUGAUUGAAUCUGUAAAUCAAAACUUCGAAGUUUUGGUUUUGAGAUGAAUGAGUUCUAUCUAGUAAAUGUAACUUUUUUUUUUGGCUUUGCUUGGCUGCUUUUAAUUCUCUGUAAUUGUUUCGAGGGAAGGACGACUGGUUUGUCAAUAUUGUGAUGUUUGUUCAUUGUG